AGGAGACGAGGAGCGAGGAUGCACGGUUUAUUUGAUGUUGAGAUCCUCCCCUAGUUUCAAGGACAAUUUGUCGAGGUGCUUCGUGAUUUACACGUGCAGGUCCUAUCUACAUUUUUGGUUUUUUUACAGCUAAUAUUAUAAUUAGAUAUGGACGGAUUUGGCUCAGAUUUUUCAUCGGGUGCUGGGUCCGGUAAAAUGGACACCGGAACCAUCAUUGAACAAGUAAAGGUCCAGAUAGCGGUGGCUAAUGCGCAAGAGCUAUUGCAGAGAAUGACGGACAAAUGUUUCAAAAAAUGCAUAUGCAAACCUGGAAGCACUUUGGACAACUCUGAACAGAAAUGCAUUGCUAUGUGCAUGGAUCGAUAUAUGGAUGCCUGGAAUACCGUGUCCUGUGCCUACAACUCCAGGCUAAAGAGGGAAAGGGCUCGUAUAUGAACAUGAUCCUACUCUGCCAGCCAGCCACCUUUUUGCCAAGAUGUGACAGUGAAGAUGUUGGUGGCUGAGCUGAGGCUACAGGAGCAUUUCUGCCACAAUGGCACACCAACCAUCUGUGACAACACCACACAGACAAGUGUUUCAGACCCUGUGAAUGGCAGCCAUAAUGAUACUGGACAUUUUCCUUUCACUAAAAGGAUAGUUUAACAAAUGGAUAUCUUCUAUUGUUUUUAAGUCAUGAAUGAAUAAUUUUCAAAAGGAACGUUUCUCUGCAAUUGUCAUUUCAAACACUCUGUGGUCUGUUCUGCUAAAAUGUGUGGGUGAAAAAGAAUACAAUCGGUUCCUACAAGGCUUUUUGGCAGGCCCCCACUAUGGGAAAUGUGAUUUCUGGUUAAGGGGGUUGGUCUAGGGUAAAAUAUACAAUCGAGCAUGUUACAAUUUGAGUAACUUAGUUUUACCAGUUAGGUUUAUGGAUCAGUGUUUGGGCCCAGUUAACUUUAUUCCUCAAGUUUAGGUUAAGUAAGGUUUAGUGCUAAGGAAUACAGAACAUGGUUUUUUUGGUUAAGGUUUAAGGUCCCCGCAAGGAUAGAAAAACAAAUUGAUUCCUUGGGUUUGGCGAGGUGUCAAUGACCACCACAACCUUUCUCUAUGAGACCUAGUUUCUUUCCUGUGGAAGAAUUGACUUCAUAUUUUAGGGCCUGACACUCAGACCAACUAAACAGUCUUAUCAGGAUUGUAAAACUUGCUUUCCAAUUCUCACCACCGCAUUAUUGGUCUGUUUAACUGCUCUGCAGCAAUUUUUUGGAGAAACAGCUGCUCUUUGCAUUUGUUAUUGUGACUUGUGAAGGCAAUUAAAUGAUUGGCCUGUGAACGCUAAAAGGUGGCUGCUGAUCAGAGGACUCCGAUGUGUGUUAGUCACUGACCCGAAUGGCCCUUUUCACUUGUUGAAAAGUUAAUAAAUCCCAAUGAUCAAGA